AUGGACGUGGGCGCAGAGGUGGAAGUGCAGGUGGCUCCGCAGAAUUGGCGACGCGCACAGGUCAUCGACCGCUACGUAAGCCCCAUCGAGGCGUCCGGCGCCGUGAUCGUCGUCAAAUUCGAGGAUGGCAGCGUCGCAGAGCGCGGUGUACCGGCCGAUGUGAACCAGGAAGCACCCGACGUGCGGCUGCUCUCGCCCGGUCAGGGCCAGCGCUUCGAUGUGGACGACCUCACGCAACUCAUCGAGCUGGACGAGACGACGAUUCUUUCGGCGCUCGAAACGCGCUUCGCAGAGCACAAGAUCUACACCAACACGGGAGCCAUCCUACUAGCGGUGAACCCCUUCCAGAAGAUCUCCAAUACCUACAGUAAAGACACGCUGGCCAAGUAUUUGCUGUCGUUCGAGUCCAGGAGCUCCUCGAUGCGCAAUAAAGGCAGCGACCCCAUGCCUCCCCAUAUCUAUCAAGUGGCAGGCGAGGCCUACAAGGCCAUGAUGUUAGGACUAAACGGCGUCAUGAGCGACCAGAGUAUCCUCGUGAGUGGAGAGAGUGGCAGUGGCAAGACCGAGAGCACCAAAUUCCUAAUGGAAUAUCUCGCACAAGCAGGUGCAAAUAAUCUCGCCGCAUCUGUUAUGGGAAAAAGUGUCGAGGGAAUUGCCGCUAAAGUGUUGCAGACCAACAUUCUGCUCGAGUCUUUUGGAAACGCACGCACUCUUCGCAACGACAAUUCGAGUCGUUUCGGCAAGUUUAUUAAGUUGCACUUCACUAGUGGUGGCAGACUCACAGGUGCCAGUAUCCAGACCUAUUUACUCGAGAAGGUGCGCCUCGUAUCGCAGUCCAAAGGCGAGCGGAAUUACCAUAUCUUCUACGAAAUGGCAAUCGGCGCAGCUCCUGCCGCGCGCAAGCGAUGGUUCCUAGACCCUCCGAAAGGUCACACGAUGCCUCCUGGAGACCACGGGGAGGUCACAGACGCCACACGUCAGUUCCUGCACUAUCGGAAUUUAAACCAGAGCGAGUGUUACGAACGUCGGGAUGGAGUUAAAGACUCGGAUAUGUUCCGACGAGUCAUGGACGCUAUGGACAUUGUGGGCUUCACACAGGUGGAACGUGCAGGUAUUUUCGACAUCCUCGCGGCGCUCAUGCACAUUGGCAACUUGUCCUUUGAACACGACGAAAACAGCGACAGAUUAGGACAAUCUAUGGGGCCUGGAGCGGAUAAAUCAGACCUGGCUCCAAGCUGCAUCUGGUCACGUGACGCGGCAGCGACGCUGAUGGCUGUGGACGCGACUAAACUGGAGCGUGCGCUGAGUGUACGUCGUAUCCGCGCCGGUACCGAUUUUGUGAGUAUGAAGCUGUCAGCAGCGCAGGCAAACAACGCACGUGACGCGCUGGCCAAGGCGUUGUACGGACGUUUAUUCGACUGGAUGGUGAAAAACAUCAACCACUUUUUAAAGAUGGACGACAGUGAGAAAGCCAAAGGCGGGUUGCAUUUUAUUGGCAUUCUCGAUAUUUUCGGCUUCGAAGUGUUUCCGAAGAAUUCGUUCGAGCAACUUUGCAUCAACUUUGCCAACGAGACGUUGCAACAGCAGUUCAAUGAUUACGUAUUCAAGGCCGAGCAACGGGAAUACGAGUCCCAAGGCGUGGACUGGAAGUACAUUGAGUUCUGUGAUAACCAGGACUGUGUCAACUUGAUUUCGCAGCGGCCAACGGGCAUUCUGUCGCUUAUUGACGAAGAGUGUGUGAUGCCGAAAGGAAGUGACACGACGCUAGCGUCCAAGCUCUAUCGCGCGUGUGGCAGCCACCCUCGCUUUGAAGCUUCCAGGAUUCAACGCGCCCGGGGUCUGUUCACUGUCGUUCACUAUGCAGGUCACGUGGAGUACUCGUCCGAUGGGUUUUUGGAGAAAAACAAGGAUGUUUUACACCAAGAAGCAGUUGAUAUGUUGGUGUAUUCCACACGAGAAGACAGUUUUACUCGCGUGCUGUGUGAAGGUCUCGGAGGCUCACGAGACCGUGCCAAGUCUUCUCCACGUCAACGUGCACAGACCAGUAAGAACCGAGGCGCGAGUGUUGGUCUCCAGUUCAAGGAACAGCUGACAACGUUGUUGGAGACGUUGCAACGAACCAACCCACACUACGUACGUUGUCUCAAGCCCAAUGAGCUGUGCAAGGCAGGGAUCUAUGAGCGUGAACGUGUGCUGAACCAACUACGUUGCAAUGGUGUCAUGGAGGCUAUUCGAGUGGCGAGAGCAGGGUACCCGAUCCGUCUACCCCUUGACGUGUUCGUGGCUCGGUAUUUCAGUUUAAAGAGGACCAAGAACCCGCUACUUGCCAAAAAACAGGGAACGUCCUUCGGACUACCCGAUACGGAUUCUGACGACGGGAUGGCUGUCGUUAGUGGCGAGGCGAGGGAGUUACUGAAAGAACUGCUGGAUGUGAUCCCCAAGGAGAACGAUGCCAACCCUCAAGGCGCCUGCGAACGACCGGAUCAAGGUCAGUUCACCACCAAGUGCAUCUCGGUGGGUAUCCAGAUGGGAUUCACCAAAAUGUUCAUGAAGAAGCCGACGUACGAAUUCCUCGAGGAAAUGCGCUCCCAGCGUCUACAUCGUCACAUGAUCAAGAUUUUCUACGCGGUCUUGUGCGUGACUGCGCGUGCGAGAUACCUCAAGUAUCUCCAUGCGGUCAAGACCUUUCAGAUUCGAUAUCGCUACAAGAAGCAGCAGAAAUUGCGUCGUCGUCGACAGAUUAUGAUGAUCCGGAAGAGGAACGCAGGCAAAGUACAGGGAUUUAUCCGGACGGUAGUGCAACGUAAGAAGUUUGUACGCUAUCUCGCGGUUAUCCGGAUGUUGCAAUGUCGCUUUAGAUACCGGCGACGGAUGCGUGCCAAACGUGUGGAAGCUGACAAUGCAAGGAAACUGGCGAACUUGAAGCGAGAACAACAGAUGCAGGCGGUGACGCAGUACACGGAGAGCUCAACGGCGUCGUCGGGCUCAUCUCCGCGGUCGGUAACGUCGCAGUCCAAUGAAAUCGAAGGUUCGGGCUUCUCGGACGUGUCUUCGGAUUACUCGGACGACAUGUUUACGUAUAACGACAAUUUCCCCAAGCACAACCUCAACACUGUGGACGAACAGAGCAGCCAACUGAUGCCUCGUGCGUCUCAUCGCGUCUCGCUUCGGAAGUCUCAGUCGAUUGAUUCGCUCACUCCUAUGGGCGGAUUUAGAGCCUCUCAGAUGCACAACACACACGGGAGUCAAGGACAAAUGGUCCACACUCCCGGCUCGAGGUCGCGUCUGCCGUCACGCAAGUCUUCUUUCCGCAACACGCGGUCGUCGCGCGCAGUUGCACUUCCGAGACUGGAUGUGAUUCAACAUACGUCUUGGGUCAAUGACGACGACCGUUUCAGUUGCCACAUUUGUAACAAACGCUUCAACAUGUUCAAGCGUAAACACCAUUGUCGAGCGUGUGGCGAGGUCAUCUGCAACAGCUGCUCGUUGUAUCACCGGAUCCAGUCCCGGUCUAUGCGUGUUUGUGUUUCCUGUGUAGCGUUUCAUUCGCUCGAUAGCCCAACGUCGGCCGGGUCCACGGGUUUCCUUCGUCCUGGAGGCGGCAGUGCGCACUCGUCCAACUCGAGUCGAAAGACGUCGAAUGGCUCAGCUCCAGACCGCAACCGCAGUAGCACACUCAGCAGCGGCAUGUGGCUCAACCCGUGGCCGGAACCGCCCUAUCCAGUGGACGAGGACGACCGUUUGACUGUACUACGCGAGCUCAACAUCCGUGAGCUCGGCUUGUCUGGCAAGUUCAACAUGUACUGUGAAGUUGCCGCAAAGACGAUGAAAUGUCCGAUAGCGUAUGUGAGCAUCAUCGAAGACGAAGAGCAGCUGCUGGUGGCAAAUAUUGGCAUGGCGCAUACCACGCUGCCACGUGAACUUUCGUUCUGCGCACACACGAUUUGUCAACCGAGUGUGCUGGUGGUGCUGGACACGAAAAACGACGAGCGCUUCCGUGAGAAUCCGAUGGUCAAGGGCGACAAGGGCGCAGUCAAGAUCCGCUACUACGCCGGCGCGACCAUCUUCUCGCGCGACGGACACGCACUUGGCACAGUGGCGGUGCUGGAUACAAAGCCGAGGAGGGAAGCGGACCAGGAGCAUAUUGGCAUGCUGCAACAUUUGAGCUUCCUGGCAAGCGAGAAGAUGACACAGAGCACCAUCCACGAAGAUAGUGAUAGCGAAUUUCUAUGA